CAGACCGUCUCCCUCCGUACCCACUCAAUAUACCCGCCCUAUAUUGACCAAGACCUUCAAAACCGAUGGUGGGAUUUUGGUGGUGAUGCAUACGUUAACACAAAUAAGCACAUCCGUCUCACCCGUGCGAAGCCCUCACAAAUGGGAUGGCUGUGGUCGCGGGUCCCGCUUACUGCAUCGAAUUUCGUCCUGGAACUCGAGUUCAAGGUUGCGGGUGAUAACAAUCACCUGUUCGGCGAUGGUAUGGCCAUCUGGUUAGCCAAAGACCGCGCGCAGCCAGGGCCUGUUUUCGGCAGCAAAGAUAACUUCGAGGGCCUCGGCAUAUUUCUUGACACGUAUGCAAAUUCGCGGCACCCUUACUCGUUCCCCCGUAUCACCGCUAUGCUCGGCGACGGCAAGACAGCGUACGAUUCAGAACAUGAUGGCGAGAAGAACAGCCUCGGUGCCUGCUCUGCGAACUUCCGCCGGACGAACGUCGCAACGAAACUGAAGAUCACGUACAUCCGUGAACAAUAUUUGAACGUGAAGAUCCAGUACAAGGCCUGGGACGAAUGGACGGAGUGCUUCACCUCGUACGGCACCGUGCUCCCACUCGCGCCCUAUGUCGGCUUCUCUGCUCUCACGGGCGACGUCUCCGACAACCACGAUAUCAUCAGCGUCACGACCUACUCCGCGAUCUUGUCCAGCCCUGACGCGCAGCGCGACAAGCUCACGGGCUCAAAGAAGCCCGGGCUCGCAGGCGUCGCCGCGUCCUCGUGGUCAUGGACGUUCAUCAAGCUCUUCUUGUUCGUCGGCGUUGUCGCGGGGGCGCUGUACGGGUACAAAACAUACGCGCUUCGGCAGGCGCGAGGUGGAGUUGCGGGCGUUGGAGUUGGGGCAUUCGGCUCGGUGGGGAGGAGCAUGCAGGGAUUCGGGUAUGAUAGCAAGCGGUUCUAG